AUGCAACUGUCACAGCAGUAUGACUUCAUGGAGCGCCUGGACGGCAAGGAGAAGUGGAGUGUGGUUGAGUCACCCAGGGAGCGCCGGAGCAUACAAACGCUGGUUCAGAACGAAGCCGUGUUUGUCCAGUACCUGGAUGUGGGCCUGUGGCACCUGGCCUUCUACAAUGAUGGCAAAGACAAAGAGAUGGUUUCCUUCAACACUGUAGUCUUAGAUUCAGUGCAGGACUGUCCACGUAACUGCCAUGGGAAUGGCGAAUGUGUGUCCGGGCUGUGUCACUGCUUCCCAGGGUUUUUAGGAGCAGACUGCGCUAAAGGCAGCGGGCAGACUCGGGCCCUCCUGCCAGGGGGAGAAUUUGCCACAUUAACAGACGAGAUUCCCAUCACAUUCAAGCGGCCAGGUAUAUGCAGUGCGGACGGCAGCUCCUUGACUCCUGAUAAACAUGCCACUCUGCAUCAGGCACCCGAAGACAUCCUCGCA